AUGAGUGCCGGUGGCAGCACCUCGUACUCGUUCCCUCUGCUCAAGCCUCGCCAGAUCUUCGAGUGUCUACGGGAGCUGCACAUACCCGUGGCUGAUGAUGAGAUUCGGGCAUGUGACCCAGGCGCCGUGCGUAAGAUCCUCGAAACAUUUAUCGAAAGCACAAUGGGCGUAACGCGCGAGGACAUGGCUCAGAUGGCCUUCCCGGGGCUACCAACACUCAGUUUUCCGGAACUUCACUCCGAAUCCGUCUCAGAGCUGACGUUCUACCGCACAGCGCAGCGUCUACUGGCCGCCUGUGGCGUGGACGACUUCGGACUGCGAGAUGUCCUACACCCGACACCGAAGCGCGUGCGACGCCAGCUCAGCGCGCUCAUUAACUUUUCCAAGUUCCGGACGGAGCGACUGGCCGCUUUCAGUAAGAUCACUAGCCAGACGGAUGAACUGCUGACACAGAAGAAAGCGCUACAGGAGGAGAACGCAGCGCUUCAACGAGAACUCGACCAGCUGCUCGAGGAGCAAAAGGCUGAGGAGCCCGCGCGACUGCAACUCCAGGAAGAGGUUAAUGAACUAGAAAAAGAGAUCAACGUACUUAACAAACAACAAGCUGUGCUGCGCCACGAGACGGACGAGAUGAAGGUUCAACGCAGUACAAUGGAGGAUGAAAUCUCCUCCACCAGGUUCACUAAGGUCGAGGCCGAGAACGACAUUGAGAAGCUGGAAGCGCAGAUCAUCACGUCGCCUGACCGAGUAAAAGGAGAGCUGGAAUCUAUUGGCACGAAACUGGAUAAAGCCCGGGAAGAUCUAAUCGAACUGGAGGAGAAAAACGCUGCUGUGAUUGACUUCAUCGCAAUCUACGAGCGUGCAGAGAAGGAGCUCGCCAAGACGUUCUCACUGCUAAGUGAGAUCGAGAAGGAGUUCAAGACGUGCAAGGAGACAAAACACCAGGUCAAGAACACGAAAGAGCGAGUCAUUGAGCUUAAGCUCCGCACAGAGGAGACGGCCACGCGCCGCCAGCGGCUGGACAAGCUUGUGGAGCUCAAGAAAAGCGAACUGAAUCGAUACAUGAACGACGGGCGUCUGAGCAAACUGGAGGCGGCGCACUACGAAGUCCGCCAGCGCAUUUCGCAGAACAACGACGCUAGUCGCAAGGUCGAACUCAAGAUGAAGGAGGAGGAAGCGCAGUACCAGAAGGAGCUCAAGGAUCUGGAGCAGAUGUAUACUCGCCUCCAUCAAGCCGCAGAGUACUACAACCAGCAAGUGCUCAACGCAAUCCGGUCAAGCUCAUAA